AUGGGUAAUGACGGAGGCUCCAUCCCCAAGCGACGCGAGCUCGUCAAAGAAGCAGCGCGCAACCCGACAAUAAGCGAGCUUAAAGCCACCGCCUUCGAAUCGCUCAACCACGCCUGGACCCAUGAUCCCAUCUCGUCCGAGCCCAUUGAUCUCGAAACCGUCGUGUCCGACUGGCGCGGCCGUCUCUACAAUUACGAAUCCAUCCUCAAGGGGCUGAUGCCCGGUAGUAACGAUGACUCCUCCGAAAACAAACAAGACACAACACCUCCCGCGCUUGUUGAUACCAGCACCAAUAGCAGUAGCGUGGGCAACGGUGAGUCGACGGCAACGCCAACAGCCAUCUUCGCGACCGAGCUUAGCUUCGCCUCCACCGGCAUCAAAUCCCUUCGCGACGUGGUCAAGCUCAAGUUCAAGCGGUACACGCCGCCCGGGGGUGGCAACAAAAAAGAAAAGGAAAUCUUUGCGUGUCCCGUUACGCUCAAAGAGCUGGGACCAUCUACAAAAUCCGUCUAUCUGGUCCCUUGCGGCCACGUCUUUGCGGAGAUGGCGAUACAGAUGAUCACAGAGGAGGUGUGCCCAGAGUGCAGCGAACCGUUCAAGUCAGAGGACGUUAUUCCAAUUCUGCCGACCGAUAAGGCGGAUAUUCAACGGUUAUCGAAGCGGAUGGAGGAUCUCAAGACGAAAGGCCUGACGCACAGUCUGAAAAAGGACAAGAGCGCCAGCAAGGAGAAGAAAAAGAACAAGCGCACGGCUGAUGAGGCCAAUGGUGACGCUGACAAGGAGAAGGAGACUAAGAAGGCCAAGAAGAGUGCUGGUGAGAGUAUAUCUAGCCGGCGGACCAGGAUGAAGCCAUGA